AUGUUCCACAUGUACGUGGGCGUACGGGCAGGAGGGGGCAUCGGUGACCAGAUCGAGGAUCCAGCGGGUGAUGAGUAUGAGAUCUACAGGAUCAUCUUCGACAUCACCUUCUUCUUCUUCGUCAUCGUCAUCCUCCUGGCCAUCAUCCAGGGUCUGAUAAUUGAUGCGUUUGGAGAACUGAGAGAUCAGCAGGAGCAGGUGAAGGAGGAUAUGGAGACCAAAUGCUUCAUCUGCGGAAUAGGAAACGACUACUUUGACACAGUACCUCACGGCUUCGAAACCCACACACUGCAGGAGCACAACUUGGCCAACUAUCUCUUCUUUGUGAUGUAUCUCAUUAACAAAGAUGAAACAGAGCACACAGGCCAGGAGUCGUAUGUGUGGAAGAUGUACCAGGAACGGUGUUGGGAAUUCUUCCCUGCCGGAGACUGUUUCCGCAAACAAUACGAAGACCAGCUCAACUGAUUCAUGAAUCAACUGAUCAAUUCAACUGACUACUGAUCAGCUGAUCUAUUGAUCCAGAUGCAGAGACUCGUCCUUUCUUACUGAUCAAUGUGAAAGGGGCUGUUUCGUCACCUUCCUUCGUCAGCUAG